GAUUACUUGUGACGGGGGUGUAAAUGUCAGAAUUAUUCUUGUCUUAAUUUCUCUAAAGUCAAAAUUUAAUCUCGUUUUGAAAAUCCAAAUUAAACUUGCCAUUUAUUUAUUAAUUUAUCUCGUCUUUAACUGUUAACUCAAUAGGAUUCAAUAUAGUUUUACAUGUAAAUUAAAUCCACGUUUUAAAUUACUUUAACUUCUCCUUUUCCUAUGAGCCAUGGUUCAGGAACGGUGUUGCUGUCUGCCUUUGGAGGUUUGCGGUCUAACGAUAGGACUGUUGGACGCUAUCAAGAACUUAGCGUUUCUAGGUUUAUAUAUUUAUUUUCUCGUUAAUGUGGACCAAUAUACGAAAGAGCCGUCAAAAUCAGGAAAAGGCUAUUUCAUCAAUGAAGACACUAAAAGAAUGUUUAUUGCAGUUUUUUGCAUCUAUAUCGUCGUUUAUGUUGGCCUUUUCCUUGCAGCCAUCUUCCUUAUUGCGGGUAUAAUGCAGAAUCGACACAAAUUUAUUCUACCGUGGAUAAUCGUAAAUUUUAUUAAUCUAACGCUAACAAUUAUAAAUGUAGUCUACCUAGUAGCAUCGAGGCAGGAAAAAGUGGAAGAAUUGAAAAAGCCAGGUCCUGUUAUUGCUCUGUCCCUCAUUCUUUUUUUCGGCACAUUUGCUAUUGUCGUCAUUAUUAAACUGUACCGUUUGAUACGAUUUCGAAAUGCAGUUUGAGAGGCUGUGACAGGGAAGGUUGCAAUUUGAAAAAUGUAGUUAGUGUUAUAUUGUAAUAUUUUAUUAUUAAAAUAAACAUUAUUAGAA